GUCGCACAACGCAUACCAACGUAACGGGACGCACCUUCCUUCACCUCUCACCAGCCCAACCAGUUCAGUACCGCUGAAACAAACACGACGAGUGCUUUAGUGAUAUUUAUUUCGAAUUUGUGCGUGAUUUUCAAUGUUUUUCGCGGAUUUUCCGGGCAAAUAGUGUGUUUACCUUUACCGGAAUACAUUACAAAAAUAUUUCAAAAUGAGUGUGUGAUUUAAAAGUGCCAAAAUGAGUGACAUUGUUCAAAUCCUGGAGUGGAAUACUGGGGAUCUAAUUUGGUUUGACCCCGGCAUUGGCCACUGGCUUCCAGGGGAAGUCCUAGAAUGUCACAGGAGUGCCAACGUUUUGACAGUGCAGGCUGUCAUCAGUGGAAAGCCCCAAACAUUCGCCCUUACAAAUGGCGAAGGCCAAGUGCGCCGUCGUCAAGACCUGGGCACCGGAGGUGUCGAAGACAUGAUCCAACUCACAGACCUGUGCGAAGCCUCCUUACUGUGGAACCUGAAGCUCCGCUACGACCGGAACUUGAUCUAUACGUACGCAGGAAGCAUCCUGGUCGCAGUGAACCCCUACAGGAUGUUCGACGGGUGUUACGGCAUCGAGUCGGCGCAAAAGUACAGAGGCAAGAUGAUCGGAGCUUUGCCACCGCACCUGUUUGCCCUCGGGGCAUCUGCCUACUCCGCCCUUCCUGCACCACAGGUUGUUGUAAUAAGCGGCGAAAGCGGCUCGGGAAAGACUGAAUCCACGAAACUAGUAAUGCAAUACUUGGCGGCCGUAGCGCCGUCUGCACCAAGAGGUCAAGCGCUGGUCACCGAACAGAUCCUUGAAGCAGCACCACUUUUAGAAGCCUUCGGAAAUGCCCGUACUGCACGAAACGACAACAGCUCCAGAUUCGGAAAAUAUCUGGAAGUGUAUUUCAAACACGGUGCCAUUAUUGGAGCAAAGGUCACGCAGUAUUUAUUAGAAAAAUCUAGGAUUGUGACACAAGCUCCCGGAGAAAGAAAUUAUCACGUUUUCUAUGAACUGUUAGGGGGGUUGAGUAAUACUGAAAGGCAAAAGUAUGGCCUUGUGGAUGCUGAUAAAUACUUUUAUCUAAAUCAAGGUGGUAGCGACUGUGCACCAGGUCACUCAGGCUCAGGAGCCGACUGGGGCGCCUUAACCCGCGCAAUGCAGGUUCUUGGGGUCAGCGAUUCGGAGCAAGAAGGCAUCGUAAGAGUCCUCGCCUCCGUGCUGCACUUGGGCAACAUCUAUUUUCAUCGAAGGCAGCUUAGACAUGGCCAAGAAGGCGUUGAGGUGGGCUCCGAUGUCGAAAUAAAGUGGGCAGGACAUUUGUUGCAAAUAUCAGCGUCUGGAUUACAGAGGGUUUUGACAUCAAGGAUUACAGAAGCCAGAUCUGAAAGAGUGCUGUCUCCACUUAGUAUUGAUCAAGCUUUAGAUGCAAGAGAUGCAUUUGCUAAGGCUUUGUAUUCUGCACUUUUUAAUUGGUUGGUAACAAGAGUGAACUCGAUCGUACAAAGGGGUGGUUUACAUGAUGCUGCUCGAAUCUCCCUGCUGGAUAUAUUUGGCUUUGAAAACCUCAACGAGAACUCUUUUGAACAAUUAUGCAUUAACUUUGCUUCAGAGUCUUUGCAGUUGUAUUUUAAUAAGCACGUAUUUAAAUUAGAGCAACAAGAGUACGCAAAGGAGCGCUUGGAAUGGACUGCAUUGACUUGGAGUGAUAAUACUCCGGUCAUACAGUUGUUGGGGAAGAAACCUGUAGGAAUUCUGCAUUUGUUGGAUGAUGAAAGUAACUUCCCUAAGGCUUCAGAUGCCUCAUUUUUGGAAAAGUGUCAUUACAAUCACGCUCUUAAUGAAAGCUAUUGUAGACCCCGUGUUGGGGGACGAGAAUUUGGUAUUCGUCAUUAUGCCGGUCAAGUUUGGUAUUCAGUUGAUGGUUUCUUGGAUAAAAAUAGAGAUGCUCUACGUCCUGAUGUAGUAGAAUUGCUUGCAUCAAGUAAGGAACCAUUAGUUACAGCGUUUGCAAAACCAUUACUAACACAGGCUCAAGCACGAACAUUACCUAGAGGCGCAAACGGAAGGUUUGUCACAAUGAAACCGCGUACACCAACUGUAGCGGCUAGAUUCAGCGAUAGUCUCCAACAGUUGCUAGAUUCAAUGUCAAAGUGCAAUCCUUGGUUUAUCAGAUGCAUAAAACCCAACAACGAUAAAACUCCCAUGAGAUUUGAUAUGCCGGUAGUUCUUGAACAGUUAAGAUACGCUGGUAUGUUAGAUACUAUCAAGAUAAGGCAAUCUGGAUAUCCUAUACGUAUGAAGUUCCAACAAUUUGUUGAAAGAUAUAGGUACUUGUUGUCAGGAAUUUUACCUAGAGGUGCGCCAUACCGAGAUCUUUGUCGAUCCAUUCUUGAACAGAUGCCGGCUACUGGCACAGAAGGGCCAGAUUAUCAACUUGGAGCCACAAGAGUAUUCCUUCGAGAAAGUCUAGAAAGACAACUUGAAAUGACGCGUGGUGAAUCUCUUAAAGGGGCUGCCGUAACAAUACAAAAAAACAUAAGAGGAUUUCUACAACGCAAAAAAUAUCGCAAUCUUAAAAAGAACGCAGUGACUAUCCAAAAGCAUUGGCGAGGAUACAAACAACGUCAAAACUAUGGCAAGCUCAAGAAUGGUAUUACUAAAGCACAGGCCUUAUAUAGAGGUCGGCGUGAAAGAAAAAGAUUUGGGCAACGAAAGGCCGAGUAUAGACGUAGAGUGGAGGCUGAGAAAGUGGCGCAAGAACGGGCUAAGCAACGAGCAGCAAGGGAAGCUAAGUUGCAGGCUCAAGCACAGAAAAAUAACCCGCCUAAAACCGCAGUGCAUCAUUUGGAGAUACCAGCGGAAUUGGCCUUUAUAUUUUCCAAGUUGGAAGGAUACAGUCCGCCUCAUACCGAACGUAAUUUAGUGAAAGUGUUGGGAGGAGUAACAGGAAAUCCACCUCAAUUGAAUUUACCGCAUGAUUUGAAUCAGUUUGAGUUUUCCAAGUUUUCCUCGGUUUACUUUAAAGGCGCUGAUUUACACAUGAAAAAAGAACCAAUUACAGCACCGUUUCUGUCUAAAGCUGCGGCUAGAGAUCAAGAUUUUCAAGAUGCUGUGGCUAUAUUUAAGUUAAUACUGCGUUGGACCAAUGAUAAACAAUUAACAGGGCCUAGAGAACGUGCUUUGGCCGACUACAUGAUCCACAAAGGUCUUAAUUCAAGGGGGUUACGUGACGAGUUACUUAUACAAUUAUGUAAUCAAACAUGGAAAAAUGAAAAUGCCGAUAGAGUCUGGCAAUUAAUGGGGCACUGUUUAAGUUGUUUUCAACCAAGCCCACCUCUAAGCAAGUACCUACUCAAGUUUGUAACUGAUCAUGCUGGACCCAAUAACAAGGAGAUGUUGCAAAGAAAAAUUACAAGGGGUGUUCAAAAAGCGCCUCAUUCAAGGUCCUUACCUCCAACAUUAUUAGAGUGGAAGAGUAUGAAACAAAAAGCCAAUACGGCUCUGCCGUUAACAUUACCAGAUAAUCUGGUUUCUACUGUUAACGUGGACUCCUGGACAACGUGCGAAGAAGCGGCGGCUUUAGCAGUUUCUUCAAUGGGUGUACCAUCUGAUGGAUGGAGUGUUAUUAUAGAUGAUGCUGGGGUUGUCUCAGAGGGAAAUGGAUUAGAUUACAUAAUGGAUCUAGUUUCGGAGCUAGAGCUUUGUCCUGCUUUUCCAAUAUCAAAGUCAAACCUGCUCAAGGUUGGCACAAGGAAACAUUCACCUGUGGAAGUGGACCAUCACGCUCUACCUUCACCUACAAGACCACAAGUUCCCCCACCAGAACCACCAAUUUCAAGAAAAAUCUCAAGAGAGAUGUCAAGGGAUAUGUCGAGAGAUAUGUCCAGGGAUAUAUCUAGGGAUAUUUCUAGGGAUAUGUCGAGGGAAAUGUCGAGGGAUAUGCCAAUGUCCAGACAAUCACCCCCUGUACAAGUGCAUGGCUCUCACCACAGCUCCAGAAAAUCAUCCAGAGAUAUUCAUCAUGAUCACAUAGAAUACAGUCCACAAAGAGAGUCGCCUGUAACAAGUACCCCAGCUAGAAAAUCAUCCCAUGAAGCUCUCUCACGAAGUUCAGCCUUAAACGAACGCUACUUUGAUAUAGAAAAAGUACGGUCAAGAAGUUUGGAUAAUUUACUAAGCGAGCCUGAACCGACUCCCUUGGCCGAGCUUGGAUUAAGUCAAUCCAAACUAAAUGAAAGAUAUCACUCCGUUGAACAACUAGCACCAAUUAAGCCAGUUAUAGCUCACCAAAACUAUAUAUCAAAACAAGAAAUCGACUUCGAAUACCCUGAUGUAUCAAGCGUCAGUACUUCCAACCGUGGUGGUCCAAGGUACGUUAAAUCGCAAUAUGCCGGUAAAAAAGCACCACCUGGUUCACACUCAAGCAAAGCCCAAAUUGAAAAAUCCGAUUUCUUUGUAAGGUGUUCAGCUAUGUCAGAUACUAGUGAAGCUCCUAGUCUUGCAAGUCACGUAAGAAGAGUUAGAGUGCCUAGUCAAGCUUCAGAUGUGGAUCAGUUUUUAGAUGAAUUAUUUAGUCCAGUUUUGGAUGGUAAUUUAGAUGAAUUAAGCGAUGCUAGAUCGCUUGCUGCCAGUAUCAAAGGUGGCGGUCAAAAUAUAAACAAUGACGAUGUUAUAGAAGGCCUGGAUGAUUUUCUAGAUGAACUUAUGGGUAACCUAGAGCAUCCACAAUUAAACAUGUCAAACACUGACUUGUUGGUCAGCAAAAUUAAAGGUGGCGGCCAUCGUGACAGAUCGAAUAGCCAAAGUAGCUCUGUUUUGGAUCAAGAAGUCGAAAGUCUUACUUCGGGACAAACCCAACAAAUAUCGAACGGAAAUGUUGACGAUUACAUAAGCGACUUAUUCCGACCAAUCUUUAUCAACGAUUCUAUUAAAAAAUUAACCCAAAAAGAUAAUUUAGUCGACAGCAUUAAAGGAGGAGGUACUACUCAUCAACAAAACGGAGCUGGUUCUUCAAACUACAAUAUAUCUUCAAUACCAGCACCAAUACUAAGUCCAGCACCUUUAAUGAUGCCUCUACUGAGCCCAACACAAGAAGGUUUUAUGCCUGUUUUUAAUAUGCCAGGCGUUGGAAUGCCUGGUAAUGGUAACGAUAUUGCGGCAUACCAACAAAAUUUACAAAGAGCAUUUUUGCAAUCGGCCAUGGCGCAAAAUAUACAAAUACAGCAGCAAUUGUUGGCACAAAAUCAAGCUUUGCAGCAAUUGCUAACACAACAACCUACAUCUCCAGAUAUUAAUAAAAACGACUCUGUUCAAACUACAGUAAAAGCUCAAAUACAUCAAGUUUCAAGUCCUAGUAAUAGGAAGUCCAGUUUUAAAACUGGUAUGAAUAGAAAGAGUAGCUCGCCUAGUAUUACAUCGUCAAACGAGUAUAAGUCUAGAAAAGCAAGUUCUUCUGAUUCAAAUAAUAGUAUUUCUAUGAUUAGAAGUGGUAUACCACCCCCUCCACCUAUGCCUCCACCGAUUGACGGUACAGAUCCAAGUGAAGCAAGACCUUUCUUGGACCCUUACGGUAGAGCCAAAACUGUACGUAUAGGUAAAUGGCGCUGGCCGCCACCAAACGACGGAAAUAAUCCUGAAAAUGGAGAAGACUUUAUGCACUUUAAAAUGAGACAAAACCAACGUAAAGUAACACCAAACAAAGACGGCAUGAUUGUUACAAACGGCCAUCACAGUUCUGCCGAAUGGGAGGAAAUGGAUUUCGAACCCAUGGUUAGAGAAAGCGAACAUAGGGUCAGCAAAGCUUCAUCAAAAAGAGCCUUCGAAAUCGGAGCAUCAAGACCAUCACCUGGAAGUGUUGGUAAAUUGAAGUUAAGUUCGGAAAUGAGACAACGACUUGAACAAGUCACAGCGAAUCACUCUGUUAGGUCGACUAGCAGUAAAGUUGAUAAACCUGCUAGAACUGUCAAUAAAUUAGAAGAUACAAGGAAGAUGAUGUUGGAACAACAAUUAGCUGGUAUAUGGGGUGAUGGCUCCCAAGGAACCCCAAGUGGAAAGUCUAGUCCGGAUAGCCCACCUCACAUAAUGCAUAAUGGAACCAAAUCACCUACCCAACAAAGUUGGUCCAGUUCAAACUGGAAACCAGGCCCGCCUCCACCACCAAUAGGUCCUAACUCAUUACCCCCUGCUCCUCCAGGUCCUGCACCACCUCCACCUGUUGUAAGACCGAAUCAACCUCCACCCCCAGUAGAACCAAUAAGGGAUUCCUUUAUGGCCCAAAGACAAGACCGUGAUACAUUUGGAGUCCACCAAAACAGAGUAAUGCAAAAUAACUCAAAACGAAAUUCGUUUAGUGCCAAUUGGGAUGUUCAAAGUAGUAUAACCCAGGAAACCCAAGAUGAUGGCGUAAGUUGGGCCAAAGAUGGAAUGGAAAUCGACAAGGUAGAUCGUAGAAUAUCUAGAGAUAGCUGGGAUCAAACCGACUCCACCUCUAUGGAACAACCAAGUCGUAGAAUAUUGUACGAGAAAAAUAGGGAUGUAAGUAAGGAUUCGUCAUCAAGGCCGACAUUUAGAACACAUCAAUUAAAUAAGAGUGCUUUGGAGAGGGAGAAGAAGCAUUCCAUAGCAUCAACCCAAAUGACAGACAGGACUGAGCGAACUGAAGUUAAUGAAUGGCCGGAAUUUAUGCGACCCAUAAAGACACCACCAUCCAAAUCCCCUAUAACCACAAUAGCCCAAAUAGAAACACAUCACGUAGAAUCAGAAUUAGCUUCACCAAAAACCACAGGAAGAUUAUUGCCUCUUGGAGCAGCAGCUUGUGUUACAUACAAUAGAGUAUCAUGGUUGUUACGGGUUAGAAAGGAAUUCUUUUCGCCUUCAGAACCCUUAGGACCACCAAAUGCUUUACACUUAAUAUUCUGCCAGAUUGUAGCAGAUGUGUAUGGGUUGACGUCUUGUUUAAGACUCACGCAAACCGAGAAGAGAGCUGGCGUAAACAUGCUAUCAGGUUAUGGAGUUACUGCUGAAAACUACAAUAGUUCUCAUAGAGCUAACAUUAAAAGGAAUGUUAUAGAGUUGGCUAGGACAUGGCCUUUAUAUUUUGCAAGAUUAUUCCCAGUAUCAGGUGCAGCACAGCUCUCUGAAGUACAGCUUAUAGCAGUCUCUCAUUGGGGGGUACAUUUGGUUAGACGUGAACCAGCCCAUCUUCAAGUACUAAAAUCAUUUUCUCUUGCUGAAAUUUCAUCUUGCACAGCCCCAAGACCGACCAAUGUAAGCAUUGAUGGUGCCCAAGGCAGGUUGAGUCUUCACACGCCAAGGGCACAACAAAUUUCCGAGAUGGUGACUAAAUUCUGCGUGGAGAAUAGAAAGAUCCAAAUGAAAUCAUCUCCUCCACCACGAGUUCCACCAAUGGAAAGAAUCGAACCGGCUCCAGUUUCCAACGGAAUUAACGGAUUGAACGGUAUAAAUGGAAUACACGGAAAUGAUAUUCACGAAUCCAGGGAGUCACUGAGAGAACAUAGGGAGUCCAGAACUACAAUGAGAAGUGAAGGAGCACAGUCCCCAAGCAGUCCCUUACCACCCACAGGAAAAUACUCCAUGUUACAAUUUGCGUUACAAAACUUCAGGCAAAGCGCUGAUUUGGAAAUGUUAAAAAUGGACUCAUCGGUGAAAUCAAAGGAAAAACGUAAAGAAUGGACAUGGAAGCAACACACUGACCUUGUCAAAUGGCAACCUCACCCAAUUGACGGACCAUUGUUGCGUUUAGAAGACCCAGACUUGACACCACUAUCUAUAGAAUGUUUUGAAUGUAUAUUGAGAUAUUGCGGAGACUUACCAUUAACUCCGGAGAUGUCUGAGGUCAAAUGUGUAUAUACAGUGCUUAUGCAUUGUCAUAAAUAUGGCCAACUCCGCGACGAAGUCUACUGUCAAUUAAUGAAGCAAACAACGAGUAAUAAAUCUGAAUCCCCCGAAUCAUGUCAAAGGGCUUGGAGGUUACUUUCUAUAGUGGCAGCAUAUUUCGCAUGUUCUGAACAUUUGAUACCGUUCUUAACCGAACAUUUGUCGAGCGCAGCUUCCGAUAGGCGAAGAAUUUGUCAUGGUACAGCGGCUGUAUGCUUAAGUAACCUAAGAAAAACGCAGAGAUGCGGUGGAAGGAAAAAUGUUCCGUCAGUUGAGGAGGUCACUGCUGUUAGUGCAGGUAGAUCAGCCAGACGACAAAUAUACCGAUUACCUGGUGGUGCCGAACGAGUUGUUAAUACAAGAUGUAGUACAGUUGUAGCUGAUGUUAUCCAAGAAUUAUGUGGAUUAAUCGGAGUAAACUCUGAAGCUGAGCAACAAGAGUUUAGCUUGUAUUGUAUUGUACAAGGUGACGCAUUUACAAUGCCUUUAGCAGCUGAUGAGUAUAUUUUGGAUGUAACCACUGAGCUACAUAAGGCUGCACAACCAUUUUACUUGAUUUUCUGCAGAUCUGUAUGGUACCACCCAUUAAAACAUGAUGCUAGUCCACUAUAUACUGAGGUAUUGUUCAACCAAGUAGCCCCAGAUUAUCUUGAAGGUUUAUUACUGAGACUUGGUAACCCAAAUCUUCCACCAAGUUAUGUCAGAGAUAUGGCUUUGGUAGCAGCAUUACUGCACAGAGCAGCCGAUUUAACUCAUGCACCAAGCAUAAAGGAGGUUAAAUUCCUUCUACCAAAACCGGUUCUGGGUCUUAGAGAACCCAGGCCACCUCAAUGGCUAGCCCUAGUUCAAACAUCAUGGGGUCAGGCAGUAGGAUUACCCGUAUCCAGAGCAAAACAUAGAGUCCUUCAAGUCCUCAGCAACUGGCCCUUAUUUGGCAGCUCUUUCUUUGCUGUAAAACGUGUACUAGGCGACACAGACGCCUGGCAAGAACACAUAUUAGCCUUGAAUAGAGGAGGUGUACACUUCCUGGACAUGAUAACCCAUGAAACCCUCCAACACUGGCCCUUCGCCGAAGUUAUUUCCACAAGAAAAGUACGUUCCGAGGAUGGGUCUCUUUUCUUGGACAUGAAAUGUGGUAACCUCCUUCAGCAGCGCGUUACCAGAUUGCAGACUGAACAGGCUCACGAAAUUUCGCGUUUAGUACGCCAAUAUAUUAACUUGGAGCAAUCGCAUAGCUCUAGAAACCAGUAAAUUAAGACUAAUUUUUAUUAUGCUCACAUUUUUUUAUAAGAACAAUAAAGCACUUAGUUAUUUAAGUUCAAAAUUGUUACGUUAUAGAGAUUAUAUUUAUCUGUAUAUAUAUUUUUAUUUUAAUAACAAGAAGUAUUUUUAUGUACUAUAGUCAUAUACUUAUAUAAGAUUGCAUUGUUCCCGUCCAGUUUAUCAUCAAGCUUUUUUAUUGUUGUUAUAUCCAGAAUAUUAUAUCAUAUAAGACCGCAUUCAAUCGUAAAUAAGUUUGGAUUAAAAGUGAUUUUAAACCAAAUUUGUUCAAACAACAUAACGACAUUGCAUUGAAACGGUCUACGUAUUUAUUUGUAUGUAAAAUUGGUG